AUGUUGAUUCAACCACCUCAUUUACCGCGGAAUGCUAAUGUGGCGGUUGUUGGUGCUGGGAUUGCAGGAUUGAGUUUUUCCUAUUUUUUGUCCAAGUUAAGACCAGAUGUGAAAUUAACCAUUUUUGACGCUCAAAGCAAGACCGGUGGCUGGAUCAAUUCCUGUACGGUUCAGGAUCGUGAACAGCGAAAUGUUCUCGUGGAAAAAGGACCCAGAACUCUGAGAGGUGUUUCUGAUGGAACUGUAAUGAUGAUCGACACUUUGUAUGCGUUAAACCAAGGCGAUAUUGUACAGUAUAUCGAAUCCAAAUCCGAGGCGAACCGGAAGUUUUUAUUGGAUGCGAAUAAUGAGCUCGUGCAAGUACCGAAUGGGGUUUUGACAAUGUUGAAAUUCUUGUUAAGUCCUGUUGGUAGAGGAGUUACUAGUGGCAUGCUUGGCGAAGCGUUUAGACGGGGUCCAAUUCAUCCUGGUCGCGAUGAAAGUGCAUUUGAAAUGAUAACGCGACGGUUUGGUACUGCAGCGGUGGCCAACAACAUUUUCAGUGCCAUUUUCCAUGGCAUUUACGCCGAUGAUAUCCGGAAACUCAGCGCGCAGAGAACUUUGCGUGCCCUCGUGGAGAUGGAAAAAGCGCAUGGAUCUUGGACCCGCGCGAUGCUUGAACGGAUGCGUGCAAAUAAGAAGGCCAAGACCGAAGGAUCAGGGGAGAAGAAUGUUUUGAGCGAACCGUUGCUGGAAUAUCAACACGCACUGGCGCGAGACAAGCGCGAUUUGGAAAAUUUAAAGACCCGACUCAGCCGGAUACCGAUGCUGGGACUUCAAAAUGGGCUGGAAAGCUUGCCAAAUGCUUUGCGCGACAGUUUGCGCACCAGCCCGAACGUCCGCUUUCUGAUGGACAAGCACGUGUCACAGCUAGCAGUGGGUAACGCGGGCCAGCUCAAGCUUGCCACGGACGGCGAGGUUUUUCCCGAGGCAUUCGACCAUGUCAGGGUCACCAACACACCCACGGUUCUCGCACAAAUGACAUCGAAAGCUGACCUUAAGCAAUUGCUGUCCGAAGUUCAAUCCAAUACCGUCAUUCUCGUGAAUUUUUACCUUCGCGGGAAGGACCUUUUGAAGUCGGUGCAUUCCUUUGGCUACUUGGUGCCACAGUCUAACCGGAACGAGGAAAACCUGCUCGGGGUGAUUUUCGAUUCCGUCAUCGAGCAGAACUACAAGAAACUUUCUACAAACGAGCCCGCUACGCGAAGUGUCUCAAAUGGAAACCCCGAGGUCUAUACAAAGCUCACCGCUAUGCUGGGCGGACACUGGCUCAAUGGGCUCGGCGAACACAACGUCCCGUCAGAUUCCGUCGUAAAAAAGGCUGUGAAGACGGUGCUCUCGAACCACCUACACAUACAAAAGCAAGAUUUGGAUAAGGGUCUGUGGCAAGUAACCGUUGCAAAAGAGUGCCUGCCGCAGUUUCACGUGGGCUACGACAAGUGGCUCGCGCAUAUCAAAUCGAAACUUGCCGAAUCUUACGGGCCAAACCUUUCGCUCGGCGGAAUGGCGUUCAGCAAAGGACCUGGAGUACCAGACGUGUUCCAAGACGGGUUCCAGGAUGCUCUGGCGCUUGGAAGUCACAACUAA